AUGGUUUUGCCUAAAUUGGUGAUAAAUACGGGAUCAGAAUGCUGGGGGCCGGAUGAAAAUGAUUAUCAAACCAUGGAAACAUGUUUAGCUGGGAUGCAGCAAUAUCCCUUUGAGAUAUCCCUCAAACCUGAAAGGCACAUCAAAGUAUGUGACUUUACCUUCGGCACGUAUCAGCGCAAUUUAAGAGACGGGGGAAAAUAUAAUAAAAAUAGUUUUACUGGACUGGAAGAUGAGCUCCAGUUCCACACUGUAGACACUAGGAGUUUGAUCAAACCCAAAACCAAUGCCUUCUAUAGGCGUAGAUUGCAACUCAAACAAACCACGCAAGCGUUUAAUCAAAAGCAAUUGGAGGAAGAGGCUAUGAUGUUGGACAAGCAAAAGAGAUCUGAGCAAAAGAAGCAAAAGAUCCAAAUGCAAGUGCGUACAGCCCGCAUGAAUUCCCGCCACCGAACCUUCAAUGAAUGGUCAAUCGAACCAACUCCCUUGUGGAACGUGGUGGCUGAAAUUCCAUUUAAUCAAUUACCAAAACAGACAAUUGAUAUUUCAGCUAUUGCUGUUGAGGAUCUAUUUUGGCGCGGCAAACUGAGAUAUUACGACAAGUCCAUGGACCAAAUCACUGUAAAAUCACAAUUACAGCUCAGCCACCAUGCCCAUAACUAUGAUCAUUACUGGGCUUCAACUCAUGAUGACGAAUGUAUUGGGGAGAUUUUGAUGCAAAUUUAUGAAGAAUCAGAGAAAGAUGAGAAUGGGCAAUACAAUCAAAUUGUAAUGGCUGCCACCGAUCAAAUACUUGCAGUUUUGAUGACUGCCGCUAGGUCAAAGUAUUCAUGGCACCUGAAUAUCACGAAAAUUGACAACCAGAUAAUCAUAGACAAAGCAAAUGGGUCAAUAAUAGAUUUGCUAACUGCCGAUGAAACGGCCCCGGAACCUCCUAUGCAGGAUGCAGAGAACAAAUUAAACAGGCCACCAGCCUUAGGUUACGAAGCGGUAAAGGUUAAUCAAAAUUUGAGACAACAGGUUUUGCUUGAUGAAGUGGCCAAUGAGUAUGAGCAGGCGCCGUUUGUCGAACCCGGUGAUAAGCCUGCGUCAAUUGCCUACCGCUAUCGCAAAUUUACCAUUCCGCCCAGGAAAGGAGGUACUGAUUCUGAAUGUUUACCCAUAGUUCUCAUCACAAGAGCUGAAGUUAAUGCUAAACUCAAGGGUACCGAUGCCAAUAGUGGAUAUACCUAUGUAUGCACCCUUAACGAAUUGGUGACUAAGAAGGCAAAGCCUUGGGCUACUCAAAUCGAGGCACAAAAGGGGGCAUUGUUGGCUAAUGAAAUACGUAAUAACACGACAAAGCUGCAAAGAUUUGCUGCCCAAGCAUCAAUUGCCGGUUGUGACAACUUGCGCCUUGGUUAUAUAACGAGGAGAUCACCUAACGAUGCGGAGAAUCAUACGAUAUUGGGCAUCCAAUCCUUCACCACCGAAAAUUUAGCCUCUCAAAUGGGCCUGAAAAUGGAUAAUUCCUGGGGCAUAAUUAGAUCUUUGGCUGAUUUAUUGAUGACUAAACCAGAGGGCCACUACGUGCUGCUCAAGGAUCCCAUGAAGCCCAUAAUGCGAUUAUAUGCCACUCCAGAGGAUGAGGAGGCCAAAGAGAGGAGCGAAGAUGAGGUUGCUCCCGAGUAA